UUGUUUUUGUUUUUGUUUUUGCGUGGCGCAGAACGGUCGUGUGGGUGUCGUCGUCGCGCUUUUCGCUCGCCAAAUCGAAUUUGCUGCCACUCCGGGCCAAAAGCGCAGUACCGAGCCGAGUUUGGGAAAAUAAAGGCGGCCAAAGUGCGUGGAAAAAGCGCUGCAUAGGUGCGGAUAACGGAGUGAAUAAAGUGCAUACGAAUGAGAGUGGGAAGCAGAAGCGGAGUGCAGUGCGUGGCCGCAGAGAGGAAAAGGAAGCCGAGAGGAAGCAGGCGGAGAUAGGAAAGUGCAGCGAAAGAGGGACAGAGAGAGCAGAGAAGCAGAGAAGAAGAAGAUUCGGUGCUUUCUACGUGACGCGAAAUUUAAUGCGCCCCCCUCCGCUCCCCCCUCUGUCGAAGCCAACGAACAGGGCCAAAAUAAAUAAAAACACGUCGGAGAAAUACCCGUGUACAAGUUCUAGGUAGUUCCUACCUUCCGUUCUCGCGGCUACGGCGUGAUUCAUAAACUCGUAUUCGAGAUACGAAAUCCAAGAGAUACAGCGUGCAUUGAACCUGCUGGAAGCGCUGCCACCAAUCAGUCAGCAUGGACAACAUCUGUGCAAUAGUCGAGUACGAGUACGCGGCCAAGGAGCCGGACGAGCUGGAUCUCCAGAAAGGUGCCAUCAUCCAUCGGAUCAAGCAGAUGCCCGGCGGCUGGUGGCAGGGCACCCUGAAGGCCUCCGGCGUCACGGGAAUGUUUCCGGACAACUUUGUCCGCGUGCUGGAGUCCGGAAUCAGCAGCAAUGGCAACGGAACCUCCGGCAGCGGCGACCACAUCGACGAGCCCACAGCCGUGCAACUGAGGGACAAGUCCGCGACAUCGAAUCGCCGCUGCAAAGUCAUCUAUAGCUACACACAAGUCAACGACGACGAACUGACGCUCGCCGUGGGUGAUGUCAUUGAAUUCCUAGGGGAGGUCGAGGAAGGCUGGUGGCGCGGUCGUCUGCGCAGCAAAGUCGGCGUCUUCCCUUCGAACUUUGUGCAACACAUCGAGCCGUCUCCCAUCUUGGCCUCCAAGCGGCCACCGACAAUUGGCGCCACCGUGACCACAUCGUCGCUGACGUCCAAGGCGGCCAAUGUGGCCAAUGUGGCAGCCACGUCCACAGUGUCAGCUGGAGGGGGCACCACCAGCACCACCACCGCCACCGCCACAGCCACAGCCAAGCAGGCCACCAAGAGCAGGGUGGUUGCAGCCGGAACCUCUGCUCCGGCGGAACCAGCGGCCAUAGUUUCGGGAUCGGGAUCAGGAGCAGCUGUGCCCAUGUUGCCGCCCAAGCCCCAGCGGGAGUACUGCCGGGUGGAGUUCCCCUACGCCCCGCAGAACGACGACGAGCUGGAGCUCAAGGUGGAUGACAUCAUCACAGUGAUCACCACGGAGCUGCCCGACAAAGGCUGGUGGAAAGGAGAAAUCCGCGGCAAAGUGGGCGUCUUCCCCGACAACUUCGUCAAGAUGCUGGCUCCCUCGGAAGUUGCACCGAUCAACGAGCCGCCAACCACCACGCAGCCCCAAAAUCAGCGGAAGAUCAGCAGCACCGCCAGCCACAUGACCACAACGAACUCCAGCAACUCCAGCAGCACCACCUCGGUGACCACGCAGCAGCAGAAGGAGCAGAUCGCCGGGGGCAGCUCCUCCACCACGUCGAAGGUGUACAUCAAGAAGACCGGCAGCAGCAGCAACAGCACCACCAGCAGCACCACAGCCUCCUCCUCGGCGGGUCGCAAGGAGAGCUUUGGCUCCCGCGACUCCCUCAACGACAUCCUGAGCGAGACGGGUCUGCCCACCGGCAAUGUGGCCGCCCAGCGGAAGUCCCUGGAGAACAAGAACCUGGAUCUGACCAAGCAGCCGGGAGUGGGCGCCUCCGUGACCAUUGGACAGCAGCGCAGCAGCACCUCCAGUGCCACCACCACCUCGUCGGCCACCACCAUAUCCACCAGCGGACUGACCGCCUCGGCAGUGAGCAAAUCCCUGGAGAACAUGCUGGACGAGAAGGUCAAGUCGCCGCCGCCGCCGGUGCUCAGUAAGAAGCCAAGUGUGCCGCUCAAGAAAACGCCCACGGGUGGAGUGCCUGUGGCUGGUAAUCUUCUGGGCGGCAAGAAAAAGAACCCCGAGGGCAAGCUCACCUCUGCCGUGUCCCACGAUCUGGCGGAUGGUCUUACGGCGAGUAAGAUGCUCACAGGUGCUAAUCAACUGCCCGAGUCGGGAGCAGCUGGCAACGUGGUAAUCCGGAGGGCAGCCACCAUCGCCGUGGAGGACACGGACUUCGAUCGCGUGGAGCGUUCCUCGAUCCUCACGGACAUGCGGCAGGGAAGGGUCAAGGCCCCAAAGAGACGUCCUCCAUCGGCGGCCAUAAAUGUCCUGGGCGAGAGCAAUAACAACUCGGUGUACGUGAACGGUAGUGGAAUGGCCGGAUCCGGUGGAGGAGCGGGCAGUGCCAGCGAGCUGAGUGAAGAUGGCGGUGCUGGAGGAAAGACCUCCGAUGACAACUCCACGGGCGAGGAGCCGCAACUGGCCAAGCCGAAGCCACGCGAGUGGGAGAAGAAGAAGGCGCCCUGGAUGGAGGAGCUCAAGGCCUCGCAGGUCACUCGCAAGAAGACCUCGCCCAGUGUGGAGCCCCGAGGCGCCUCGGUGGCCGAAAGGACCUCCAAACUCUUUGCCGCCGAGCAGGCCAUCAGCAGCAGUAGCAGCAGCAGUACCACAACGAAAGUGCAAUCCUCGGCGGUGACGUCCUCAAUGUACGUGGAGAACUCAACGACCAGCAGUUCGGUGACCACCAGUAGCUCCAGCACCACCACCAACGAUGCCAUCAUGUCCCGCAGCCUGACGGCUGCCAAGGUCCAAGCCGCCAGCAGCGACGAGGAAACGAAGGCCACGAGGCCGAACAGUCUGGCCAUUCGAAAUCAACGAAGUGUUUCGCCGCUAGUUAAGAGCUCCAACGCCAGCAGCUCACAGUCGCAGGAGGAGAAGGAGAAGCCCUCCAGCCAGCUGAAUAACCACCAGGAGGCGGGCUCCACGAGGGUGGCCCAGCUGGAGCAGCGGGUGGACAAGCUGGAGGGACUGGUGCUGAACCAACAGCGAACCAUCGAGGAGCUGGUAAAUGCCCUGAAAUCCGAGGCCGAGCGCGUCAAGAUCUUGCGGAGCGAACUGGACAAAUACGCGCAGUGCGUGACGCAAGUUUGAGCCUAGUUAGAACCGCCUCUUAGCUAGCCCUUUGAGUCCUUGAUUUUUAGCGUGUGCUGAACUCUACCAUACACUUAUGCCCAGGCCUAGAAACGUAGAACGUAGUGGAGUAGAGACCGAACCCAAGACAAUCCCAAAUAUCUGUACUCUGUGUUCUGUACUUACAUACCAGAAUGAUCUAUCCAAAACCGCUAGCGAUCAAUCGUUUUUGCAUGCCAAAACCGUUUCGUUUUUCGCUAUUACACUUGUAUUCCCCCUGUAUAUCUGAUAAUUUCGAUAAGUAUUUUUUACACACUCGUACAUUCCGGAAAGCUAAAGAGUGUGAUUUCUUUUAGCUGCUUUCGAUUGCGACUUGUUUUGUUUAUACGAUUUAUGAUUAUUUUUUAAAGAUGUAUUAAAGUUAUGAGUAAACUGUACUAUAAACUAUAUACUAAACGAGAGAGAAAUAUACAAAGUUCGAUGGAGUUGAUGAUGAGCCUAAAACUUAAGCAAUACCAAUAAAUAAUGCAAAUAAAUACUUCAA